AUGAGCCCUGCAACCAAAGCAUCGCGCAAAUCCCUGUACAAGGGACUCAACAUGGGCGGCACUGCUGACUGGGCCACAGAUCUCCAGCAAUACAAUGAUCCUCCCACGCGUGGUGGGAUCCUUGUGGAAAACUGGGCCACUUGGAAAACGGCCACUAAAAUAAUGAGGACCCUUGGCAAGUCGGAGAUAGGACGGGGAACUGGACCGAGCUUCAUUGUACUGACCAAGCUGUUAACCACGCCAGGGAUGAUCCGCUUGCCGGGCAAGGGUAAGAAUGGGAAUGUUGACUUCCACAUCGGCGCCCAGGAUAUUGUGGACAUCAUCAGCGACUCAGUGAGACAAUUUGGUGGAUCUGGCAAGGUUGGCUCCAAGGGCGAGAUGUCUUGCAAGGGAACUGUCAAAGGCCAAACGGCUGAGGGGGCGUUGUAUCAUGAUUAG